CCGGAAGCUCCGGAGGCCCCUCCGCGUCGGCAGACCAUGGGUCAGGAUGGCUCCUCUGGACGCACCACGUGGAUGCUGGCCGGGGGCCUCCUGGCCGUGGCCUUGGCGCUGGGGGGAAGAGGCUGUGGCCUUGGCCCUAGGGAACCGGGUCCGCUCCGGGGCCCUCUUGGAGCGCAGCCUCCUCCGGAUUCCCCGGCGGUUCCCAAGGGGCCCCAAGGGACCGCGCAGGAGCUGCCCUGCAUGAUUUGGCCCAGUGUGGAAAACUCUCACUUUAAGACUGCAGGGGAAGCACCCCCUGGAAUGAAAUCCAACAAGAACAUUGAGGUCUUUAUCCCAUUCCUGACUUCUGCAGCCUCCAGUGGGCCACAGAUUCAUUCUCUCUUUGCUUUUAUACCUUCGUGGCCUACGAAGACUUUAUUUAAAAGAGAGUCUCCUAUGACCCACCACCUGUAUGGGGACCUUUUAAGAGAUGUUCCAGGGGCUUCUGAGAAUGGAGUAAUUUUUCAGAAAUGUGCACUGGUGUUGGGGCAGAGCGAAUCGCAGGUAGCCCACGUGCGACUGUUCGUUAACAACAACAAGACGCCUCUGUCAGCCAACCUCUCAGAUCUCCUCAUGUUAGAUAACAUCACUGGCCUCACCGUGAGGGAGUCGAUCGGAAAUAAGACCCCAGGAGGACUCCAGGCUUUCAGAAAGAAGUUUCUGCCAGUGGGAGACUCCUUUGAGGUCAGCUACACAGCCUCACUGCAACCUGAAGGCCUCAGCACCGGGGAGAGCCUGAAGCUUCCCGCCCAGCUCACCUUUCAGAGCGCGUCACUGAACAGAACUCAGCUAAGAGCCCUUUUUACCAUAACAGCAGAAGAGAAGAUAACGGUCCUGCCACACCACGGCCUGCAUGCAGCAGGGUUCUUUGCUGCCUUCCUCCUCUCCCUCGUGCUGACCUGGGUUGGACUCUUCUUCAUGGUUCGAUAUCAGUGUCUGAAGGGAAAUGUGCUCACCAGACAUCGGGUUGGGCAUCAUGACAGCAAGCUGGAGCCCCUGCUGUUCAUUUCCGAGGAUGGCGUGAAUGAGGACCUUUCCCUUAACGAACAGCUGAUAGACAUUCUGUCCUCCGAGGACUCUGGGAACACGCUUCAAGCCUUAAAAGAGUUGGAGAUCGCAACCUUGAAUCGAGCUGAUGCAGAUCUGGAGGCCCGGCGAUCUCAAAUCAGCAAGGAUGUCAUUGCCCUUCUACUGAAAAAUCUCACCAGCAGUGGCCACCUCUCAUCCCAAGUGGAAAGGAGGAUGGGCGCCAUUUUCAAAAGGCAGUUUCUGUUGCUGGAAAAUGAAAUUCAAGAGGAGUAUGAUCGGAAGAUGGUGGCAUUGACGGCUGAAUGUGACCUGGAAACAAGAAGGAAGACAGAAAACCAGUACCAGAGGGAGAUGGCGGCAAUGGAGGAAGCAGAAGAGUUGCUGAAACGUGCGAGUGAGAGGUCGGCUACAGAGUGUAACAACCUCCUGCGGACCCUGCAUGGCCUGGAGCAAGAGCACUUGAAGAAGUCCCUGGCUUUGCAGCAGGAGGAAGACUUUGCCAUGGCUCACAGACAGCUGGCCAUUUUCCAGAGAGGCGAGCUACACAGCAUCUUUUUCACCCAAAUGAAAAGUGCUGUUUUCAAAGGGGACUUGAAGCCAGAGGUGGCUAAAAUGCUACUUCAAAAUUAUUCUAAAAUACAGGAGAAUGUAGAAGAGUUAAUGGACUUUUUCCAGGCUACUAAGAGGUAUCAUCUAAGUAAAAGAUUUGGCCACAGGGAAUACCUGGUCCAGAGCCUACAGUCGUCAGAGACCCGUGCGCAAGGCCUUCUGAGCACUGCUGCAGCCCAGCUGACCCACCUCAUCCAGAAACAUGAGAGAGCAGGGUACUUGGAUGAAGAUCAAAUGGAGAUGCUGCUGGAGAGGGCUCAGACUGAAAUCUUUUCUGUGAAGCAGAAGUUGGACUAUGACUUAAAGCAGGAAAAGAAAAAACUCCACCAAAAAUUAAUAAUUAAGAGAAGACGAGAGUUGCUGCAAAAGCACAAGGAGCAGCGCAACGAGCAGCUGUCUGUCAGGGACGCCUUCCACGCAGCCGAGGACGUGGGCCGGUACCUGCAGCAGUGGCGGGGCUUGAUGGCCGAGCACGGUACCGCCCUGGAGGAGCUGCAGGAGCGUCUGGACCAGGCCGCCCUGGACGACCUCAGGGCCCUGACCCUGUCACUGUUUGAGAAGGCCACAGAGGAGCUGCGGCGGCUGCAGAGCUCAGCAUUGACCCAGGAGCUGCUCAAGCGCAGUGUGCCCUGGCUCUUCCUGCAGCAGAUCCUGGAGGAGCACAGGGAGGAGAUGGCUGCACGGGCUGAGCAGCUGGAGGCCGAGGAGAGGGACAGGGACCGGGAGGGCAUCCGAAGCGUGCGGCAGAGGCUGAAGGACGACGCCCUAGAGGCCUCAGUGGCCGAGCAGGCCGAGCUGCGACACUGGGAGCGCUUGACCUUUGCGAAGCUCUGCUCCUCGGCUUUCUCCCUGUCAGAAGAGCAGCUGCUCAGGAUGCGGCAGGAGGUCCACGGCUGCUUCGCUCAGAUGGACAGGAGCUUAGCCCUCCCCAGGAUCCGGGCGCGAGUCCUGCUGCAGCGGUUUCAGACUGCCUGGAGGGAGGCAGAGUGCCUGCGGCUGGACCAGGCCCUGGCUGCCCCCGAGCUGCAGCAACAGUCCAAGGGGAGAAAGCCACGGUCCAAGAGUAAAAGCAAAAUAGACCUUUUGAAGAAGUGCAUUGAAGAUAAAAUUCACCUCUGGGAGGAACAGGCCCCUGAAGACCUGGUUGAAAAGGUUCAAGGUGAGCUGCUGCGAGAGAGAGUGCAGCGGCUAGAGGCCCAGGAAGGACACUUUGCCCAGAUGCUUGUGGCUCUGCAGUUCCAGAAAGCGGCCCAGGUAACCGAGACGCUGUCGGCAUACACCGCCCUCCUCAGCAUCCAGGACUUGUUCCUGGAGGAGCUGAGCGUGUCUGAGACACUGACUGCAGCUGCCUGCACCCAGAUCCUGGAGUCGCACAGUCCGGAGCUCCAGGAGCUGGAGAGGAAGCUGGAGGACCAGCUGACACAGCAGGAGGCUACCGAGCAGCAGCAGGCCCUGGCCAGCUGGCAGCAGUGGGUGGCUGACGGGCCAGGGCUUCUGAAUGAGCCAGGGGAGACCGAUUCUGAACGGCAGAUAUCCAGUGUCCUGCGGCAAGCCCUGAGCAUGGCCCCGAAGCUCCUGGAACACCACCAGCAGAGUUUGAGAGAGGAGCAACAGAACAGUGUUGUGCUGGAAGACUCGCUGGAAAACAUGGAGACGGACACCUUCGUGACCCUGUGUAGCCAGGAGCUAAGACUGGCGUCUUACCUCUCAAGGAUGACUAUGGUCCCCGCAGCCACGCUACGCCGGCUGCUGAGUGUGCUGCUGCCCACGGCCUCCCAGGCCCAGCUGCUGGCCCUGCUGGACUCGGUCGGCGAGAAACAUUCAGACCAUGCUGUGGAGAACGAGGGCAGCUCCGAGCCAGCUGACGAGGGCAGAAGGAGGAAACACCAGGGCUGGUGGCAAGCCUUAGACAGCAAACUGCGAGGAGAUUUGAUGUCCAGAGGACUAGAAAGGAUGCUCUGGGCUCGCAGGAGGAUGGAGAGCGUAUUACAGAAAACAUGUCUCCCUCUCAGAGAGAGGAUGAUAUUCUCUGGAAAAGGAAGUUGGCCACACCUGUCACUGGAGCCCAUUGGCGAGCUGGCCCCUGUAUCCAUCAUUGGGGCAGAAACCAUUGAUGUUUUGAACACAGGCGAAAAGCUCUUUAUAUUCAAAAAUCUGAAGGAUCCAGAGAUCUCAUUGCACAUUCCUCCCAGGAAAAAGAAGAAGAACUUCCUGAAUGCCAAAAAGGCCACUAAGGCCUCAGGCAUGGACUAACCCCAGGGAAAGUUCUGUGGACCCAUCCGAAGACAGAAAGAUUUACAUUCUCCUGCCCACGAGUGUUUGUGACAUACAUCUUUGCAGAGAUAAACCGCACACGUAGAAGAUACAGGCGUCCCCAACAUGCGCUGACUGAAGGACUCAGUUUCAUCUGGUCUAGUGAAUUUCCAGGUGGCCCAGUCUCUUCCACAUCACAAGGACAUGAACACUCAUUCCCUCCACCCCCACCUUUCCAAGGGUCUGGAGGAGACCCUCACUCCUCAAUUCUCAUCUCACCACCAGGCCACCUAACACAUGGUGUUAGCAAGGUUCUCUCUGCUCUUAUGUUUUGUCUUUGUUACCUAUUCAUUUUUAUUAAGGGAAGUGUUCAAAAUAAAUAUACACUGUGUAUUAUGGAAAGCUCUUCAUAAUUAUUGAUGGAAAAGAAGCCAUACUCAGUAAAAUUAUUUAAGGAGGCUUAUUCUGAGCCAAAUUUGAAGACCUGAUCUGAAGCCAUACCCAAGAAGCCUUGAGCAUGUAAACUCAGGGUGGUGGGGUUACAGUUUGCUUUUACAUUUUAGGGAGGCAGGGAUUAUAGGCGAGGUUACAAAUCAAUAUGUGGAAAACAUACAUUGGUUUGACCCCAAAAGGUGGGACAUCUUGUACCCAAAGUGAGUGGAAUUAUGGAGAAAACGCCAGCACACUGAGUUCAAAUUAGGUCUGGCAUCCUUUAUUGGCUACCUGACCGAGAAGGAUUCAUAUCCCAAAUUCUUGGCAAGGCAUCAUAGAGGAAGGUUUUUUGUUUUUUUUUUUUAAUCCCUUCUUUCAAUUGGGGAGGAGGUUGGAAUUCCUAAUGCAAAGUAGUUUACAGAAGUGAGAGGCAAGGCUAGGUCUAUGGGGAAGGGGGAGCGAGCAAUGACUAGGGGAGGCAGGUAUGGUUUUAUAAGCGUCUGCAACCCUGGGCUAAUCUGCCCUGUCUCCACAGGGUGUGUUUAUUUAACAACCCAUUUCUGCAAGCCCUACAUACUCAGGGACAGGUCCUGAUAAAGUGGGGGUGGGAUGGAGGAGUGCAAGAUGGGGUCAGUCUGGUCUUCUCAAAAUGAAUUUUCUAUAAAUAUAAUAAAAUGAAUAAGUAAAUAUCUUUAAGAGCUGAGGGUAACAUCACACACAGCCACUCGAUUGAUUAUGAGAGAGUUCAUGGACUCCUCCCCAGCUCCCAUGGUCUCUCAAAUCUGCUGGCACAAUGUCCUCUGAAAUGCAGCAUCAGUGAAUGGCCUACCUUGAAAGUCCUUGGGAUUUCAUGUUCAGCUUUGGAAGCCUAGAAUCUGGCCCAGAGCCUCCAUAUAGUUAGGACUUACACUUUUAUUGAAUUGUAGGUAACGACAAGAAGUUGCUAACAAUGGAUGGACAUUCAAAGUCCAUCCAUUGGACUUUGGACAUUGGAUGGACAUUCAAAUAACUUUAAAUGGAAUGGUUUAGGGCCACAUUUGUGAAGGGUUAAUCAAUUUUGUUAGGUUGUGACCUGGUGGACCCAGGUUUGAGAAAAGAUUUUGUAGGGAUCAGGGCAAAAUCUGCCCUUUCCCCUUGAUCUGGUUCACUGAAAGAUCAACUUACUGAAAGGUUCUGCACCCAAGAAAGAUUAUUCCAAGGUGCAAAAACAAAGGAAAACGGAAUCCCCGUUCUAUAGAAAUCAUGUGGGCUUUAUUUCCACCUAGAUGCAAGUGAGGGUGAAAUCAACAAAGGAAAUCCACACGUGGAUUAUACAAGAUGGGGGUUUAAAGGGUCAAGGAGGGCAGCAAUUGGUGGCAUUCCUAUUUCCUAUUUCAGGGGACAUGAGUCUGACCCUUCCUGGGUGGGUCAUGACCCUGACCCUGCCUGGGCAUGGCGGGUCUGUUUGGGCAGGUACACCUGAUUCUAUCACUUACAAUUAUGGUACAUUAAUAAGAGAAAGGUUUAUGUUUAAAUACCAUUUGCAUGAGGGAUACCACAAGAGUGAUUGUCCCAGUAAUGGUCAGAGACCUUUAUAGAUGCCUUUUGGAAGGGAGGGGGGAGAAUGUGGAAAGUGUAGGUACAGUAAGUGGUUGCUAGGGGGGAUACGUAGAUGGAUGAAAACAGAUUGAUUUGUAGAUUAACCUGAGAGACUGGUACUGUGCUUCAAAUGACCUUGGGGCCAGGCCUAUUAGCAUGUGAUAAGCAAGUCAGCAGCCACUUUUGAUUCCCAAUCAGGUUGCUCCGGUUUUAUGUAGAGAGAGGAAAGGCCUCUUCCAAUGCUUUCUGAUCAUGAAUGGUCUA